UGCCCUGCAACUGAGUGGCAACUCGGUCGGUGCCCAAAUGAUCUCACGAAUUCGAAGGGUCGAGCACAGAAGAAUUAAUUGCCCUGUUUUUAUAUUUUCGCGAGAAGUCAAGAAAGAAUGACCCGAGGCGUCUGCAGGCAGUACCGGGACGAAAUUGACCCUUUCUCUUAAUUCAACAUCCUGCGAGCUUCGAAAUUAAAAUAUCAUUGACAGUUGAAAAUGUAACUCGUUAAUGUGCUUUCUCUUGCUAUAAAUAGAUGUUCUAGAAUUCCCAUUUCUCGGUGCCAUCAAUGCUCCACUGGGAAAUCGAGAUAGAAACGGAAAGAAGACGUGUGUAUGGGGAAAAGAAAAAGCUUUGGAUCUCUCUGAGCAAGAGCCACAAAAGCGAUUCAUAAACACAGACACACAUCUCUGGUUUUGAGCAUUUCCAGCUCUAGAUUUCGUUGUUGAGUCUCUUGGGCUGCAGAUUGAGCAAAACAAUUACUGGGUUGUGGUGGGUUUUAAUCGGCCUCGUGUGUAGUUUCUUCUCUCUGGUUUACAAUGGACGGUGAAAUUUACAGAGCUAGCAGUAGUCUGAGAAGGAACAGUUCUUCGAUGUGGAGGAGCGAUGGCGUGGAGGUUUUCUCCAGAUCUUCUAGGGAAGAAGACGACGAAGAAGCUCUGAAAUGGGCCGCUUUGGAGAAACUUCCCACUUACAAUCGAUUGAGAAAAGGGUUGCUGAUGGGAUCACAGGGGGCUGCUGAUGAAAUUGAUGUGAAGAAUCUGGGGGUUCAAGAAAAAAAGAAUUUGAUAGAGAGGUUGUUGAAAGUUGCCGAAGAAGAUAAUGAGAAGUUCUUGUUGAAGCUCAAGAAUCGAGUGGACAAAGUUGGAAUUCAUAUUCCAACAAUCGAAGUGAGGUUUGAGCAUGUAAACAUUGAGGCAGAAGCUUUUUCGGGAAGCAGCGCUUUGCCUUCAUUCAUUAACUUCUCAUUUAGUCUGGUGGAGGGUAUCUUAAAACGGCUCCAUUUUCUUCCAAGCAGAAAGAAACAUCUGACUAUUCUUCAUGAUGUUAGUGGAAUGAUCAAGCCUCGCCGGAUGACAUUGCUUUUAGGUCCUCCAAGUUCUGGAAAGACCACACUGAUGUUAGCUUUGGCUGGGAAGCUUGAUCCCAGUCUAAAGUUUUCGGGGAGGGUUACUUACAAUGGGCAUGGCUUGAAUGAGUUUGUACCCCAGAGAACUGCUGCCUACAUCAGUCAACAUGAUCUCCAUAUAGGAGAAAUGACUGUCAGAGAAACCUUGGCCUUCUCUGCAAGAUGCCAGGGGGUUGGAUCCCGUUAUGAGAUGUUGGCAGAAUUAUCUAGACGAGAAAAAGCUGCAAAUAUCAAGCCUGAUCCUGAUAUUGAUAUCUUCAUGAAGGCAGCAGCAGCCGAAGGUGAUGAGGCAAACAUUGUCACAGAUUACAUUUUAAAGAUUUUAGGUCUAGAAGUCUGUGCAGAUACCAUGGUGGGGAAUGAAAUGUUAAGGGGUAUAUCUGGAGGACAAAAGAAGCGUGUUACAACAGGUGAGAUGCUGGUUGGACCGGCAAGGGCAUUGUUCAUGGAUGAAAUAUCGACUGGUCUAGAUAGCUCGACAACUUUCCAAAUUGUGAAUUCACUCAAGCAGUCUGUCCAGAUUCUCAAUGGAACUGCCCUCAUCUCCCUUCUCCAGCCAGCACCCGAAACAUAUAAUCUCUUCGAUGACAUUAUUCUCCUCUCUGAUGGCCAGAUUGUGUAUCAGGGUUCCCGUGAACAAGUGCUUGAUUUUUUUGAAUUUAUGGGCUUCAAAUGUCCUGAAAGGAAAGGUGUAGCCGACUUCUUGCAAGAAGUGACAUCAAGGAAAGAUCAGAAGCAGUAUUGGGCACGUAGAGAUGAGCCUUACCGAUUUGUUGCAGUCAAGGAAUUUGCUGAAGCUUUCCAGUCAUUCCAUGUGGGAAAGGUAAUUGGAGAUGAGCUUGCAACACCAUUUGACAGGACCAAAAACCACCCGGCUGCCUUGACAACCACAAAGUAUGGUGUUAAGACAGAGGAGCUCCUAAAAGCUUGUGUGUCUCGAGAGCUGUUGCUAAUGAAGAGAAACUCAUUCGUCUAUAUCUUCAAGCUCUCCCAGCUUACGAUAAUGGCACUGAUUGCAAUGACACUCUUCUUUCGCACCGAGAUGCACAAAGAUUCAACAGAAGAUGGGGGGAUUUAUACUGGUGCACUGUUUUUUUCUGUUGUCAUGAUCAUGUUUAAUGGAUUGUCAGAGAUGGCCAUGACCAUUCAAAAGCUUCCUGUCUUUUACAAGCAAAGGGAUCUUUUCUUCUUUCCAGCAUGGGCUUAUGCUCUUCCCUCAUGGAUCCUCAAGAUUCCUAUCACUUUUUUAGAAGUUGCUGUUUGGGUAUUAUUGACUUACUAUGUUAUUGGAUUUGACCCAAAUGUUGGAAGAUUGUUCAAACAGUUCCUUCUACUUGCAGCUAUUAGCCAAAUGGCUUCUGGAUUGUUUCGGUUUAUUGGAGCAAUUGGUAGAAACAUGAUUAUAGCCAACACAUUUGGCUCAUUUACAUUGCUUGUGCUUUUUGCAUUGGGCGGGUUUGUCCUGUCACGAGAUGAUGUGAAGAAGUGGUGGAUAUGGGGUUAUUGGUGUUCACCUAUGAUGUAUGGGCAGAAUGCAAUAUUAGUAAAUGAGUUCCUUGGAAACAGUUGGAAAAAAGUUCUUCCGGAUUCUCCGAAACCACUGGGAGUUAGAGUUAUGGAAUCUCGUGGGUUCUUCCCUGAUUCAUACUGGUAUUGGCUUGGAGUGGGAGCAUUGCUUGGGUUUAUGUUGCUGUUCAACUUUGUUUCCACCUUGGCUCUCACUUUUCUCAACCCAUAUGAAAAGCCUCGUGCAGUUAUUCCUGAAGAAACUCAAGGAGAUGAGCUUGAUAACAGAACUGGAGGAUUGAUUUCUCAAGGGAAUAGCUCUGGAGAUAGAGGGGAUGAAAUUAGGAGGAGUAGUGUCUCCUCUGGGGCAGCAUCUGCAAGGACAGAAGCCAUCGUUGAGGCUAAUCAUAAUAAGAGUAGAGGAAUGGUUCUUCCUUUUGAACCACAUUCAAUCACCUUCGAUGAAAUUAGAUAUUCGGUUGACAUGCCACAGGAAAUGAAAAACCAGGGUGUCCUUGAAGAUAGAUUGGAGCUUCUGAAGGGAAUUAGUGGUGCGUUCAGGCCCGGUGUUCUUACAGCUUUAAUGGGUGUCAGUGGGGCUGGUAAAACUACUCUGAUGGAUGUUCUGGCUGGUAGAAAAACCGGUGGAUAUGUUGAGGGCAACAUCACAAUUUCUGGGUAUCCAAAGAAGCAGGAAACCUUUGCUCGAAUUUCUGGUUACUGUGAGCAAAAUGACAUUCACUCUCCUCACGUAACUGUCUAUGAGUCCUUGGUUUACUCAGCUUGGCUUCGGUUACCUCCUGAUGUGAAUUCUGAAACCAGAAAGAUGUUCAUUGAGGAAGUCAUGGAACUUGUGGAAUUGGACGUAUUGAGGGAUGCCAUAGUUGGAUUGCCUGGUGUGAACGGCCUCUCAACUGAGCAGCGCAAAAGGCUGACCAUUGCAGUUGAGCUAGUGGCCAACCCUUCUAUCAUAUUCAUGGAUGAGCCAACAUCAGGGCUGGAUGCAAGAGCUGCUGCAAUUGUAAUGAGAACAGUUAGGAACACUGUGGACACAGGAAGAACAGUUGUGUGCACCAUCCAUCAGCCAAGUAUUGACAUUUUUGAAGCAUUUGAUGAGCUAUUCCUAAUGAAACGUGGAGGAGAGUCGAUUUAUGUUGGGCCUCUGGGUCGGCAUUCUUGCCAUCUUAUUAAAUAUUUCGAGGCAAUUGAGGGAGUCAAAAAAAUUAACGAUGGAUAUAAUCCCGCAACAUGGAUGUUGGAAGUGACAACUAUAGCACAAGAAAUGAUUUUGGGAGUUAAUUUCGCCGAGGUGUACAAAAAUUCUGACUUAUGCAGGAGAAACAAAGCCAUGAUAGAAGAAUUGAGCAAAGCUCGUCCUGGCUCAAAGGACCUGUACUUUCCCACUCAAUACUCACAGCCUUUCUUCACACAAUGCAUGGCUUGCCUGUGGAAACAACGUUUGUCAUAUUGGCGCAACCCACCAUACACUGCUGUGAGGUUUCUCUUCACAACCUUCAUUGCUUUGAUUUUUGGGACGAUGUUUUGGGACCUUGGUGGCAAAACGAAAAGGCAACAAGAUCUGGUUAACGCGAUGGGUUCAAUGUACGCUGCUGUUCUCUUCCUUGGUGUUCAGAAUGCCUCUUCUGUGCAGCCUGUUGUGGCUGUUGAACGAACAGUCUUUUACAGAGAAAAAGCUGCUGGAAUGUAUUCUGCAUUGCCUUAUGCCUUUGCACAGGUUGCAGUUGAGAUCCCAUAUAUCUUUGCACAAUCUGUGGUAUAUGGGCUUAUAGUCUAUGCAAUGAUUGGAUUUGAAUGGACUGCUGCUAAAUUCUUCUGGUACCUGUUCUUCAUGUACUUCACAUUUUUGUACUUCACAUUCUAUGGCAUGAUGGCUGUGGCUGUCACACCGAACCACAACAUUGCUUCCAUAGUUUCUGCUGCAUUCUAUGGAAUAUGGAAUCUCUUUUCUGGAUUUAUAAUUCCUAGAACGAAAAUGCCAGUGUGGUGGAGAUGGUACUACUGGGUAUGCCCUGUGGCUUGGACCUUGUAUGGAUUGGUGGUUUCACAGUAUGGAGAUCUGACAGACGUACUAGUUGACACGAAUCUACCGGUGAAGGAGUAUCUGAGAGAGUAUUUAGGGUUCAAACAUGAUUUUCUUGGUGUGGUUGCAGCUGUUGUUCUUGGGUUUACAGUGCUCUUUGCAUUUAUAUUUGCCUUCUCCAUAAAGGCAUUCAAUUUCCAGAGGAGAUAAAGAGUGAAGUCACUGGGAGCACAAGCACAACUCAUGUGAUCAACAUCCUCCUCUUCAUAACAUGUAACCAAUUAAUGUAUCUAUGUAUUUUGACUCUCAUAUUUCAUUUAUGAUCAUGAAAAAUGUAAUAUGUAUUGAUAAAGAGAAUAUUAAUUUCUUUGUAUUGGUAGCAACCUGCUCCCUCUUUGUCUUAUGUUUCUUUUUGUUUACUUCAUGUAUAAAAAGAAAGUUUCAGCAA